CGCGGGACGAGCGCCUGAGGUGCUGUGGAGACACCAUGGAGCUGUGCAGCAAGAAGAAGCUUCACGCCCUGUCCCUGGCCGAGAAGAUCCAGGUGCUGGAACUGCUGGAUGAGUCCAAGAUGUCCCAGUCGGAGGUGGCCCGGCGCUUCCAGGUCUCCCAGCCCCAGAUCUCCCGCAUCUGCAAGAAUAAGGAGAAGCUGCUGGCGGACUGGUGCAGUGGCACGGCCAACCGGGAGCGCAAACGCAAGCGGGAGUCCAAGUACAGCGGGAUCGAUGAGGCUCUGCUCUGCUGGUACCACAUUGCCCAGGCCAAGGCCUGGGACGUGACGGGGCCCAUGCUGCUCCACAAAGCCAAGGAGCUGGCCGACAUCAUGGGCCAGGACUUUGUGCCCAGCAUCGGCUGGCUGGUCCGCUGGAAACGCCGAAACAACGUGGGCUUCGGGGCCCGCCACGUAGUGGCGCCUCCGUUCACCCCUGAGCCGCCUCCCCUAGCUCCCACGCCCCAGGCCCAGCUGCCUCUUUCUCUUAAAGAUUUCUCCCCAGAGGACAUUUUUGGGUGUGCUGAAGUGCCCUUGCUAUAUCGGGCAGUGCCCGGCAGAGUGGGUGUGUGUGAUCGGGUACAGGUACUGCUGUGUGCCAACAGCAGGGGCACAGAGAAACGGCGGGUGUUGGUCAGUGGGCUCCAGGCUGCCCCAAGAUGCUUCUUUGGGGUCAGCAGUGAGGCCCUGCCCGCCUCCUACCACCCUGACCUGGCCAUCCCCUGGUCAGAAUGGUUGGCACAGUUUGAUCGGGACAUGGGUCGGCAGGGUCGACAGGUAGCCUUGCUGCUGGCUGCCCGAGUGGUGGAGGAGUUGGCAGGCCUGCCCGGGCUCGGCCACGUGAAGCUCUUGCCUCUGUCCGCUGCUAGCACCACGCCUUCCCUGCCCAGCUCCGUGGUCCGGGCCUUUAAGGCCCAUUACCGGCGCCGUCUGUUGGGCAAGCUGGCUGCCGCCCAGAGCGAGAAGGCUGGCACAUCGCUAGCUGAGGCCGGGGCAGGCAUCACAGUGCUGGACGCUCUACACAUGGCAGCAGCGGCCUGGGCCAAGGUGCCUCUCCAGCUCAUCGUGAGCAGCUUUGUUCAGGAAGGGCUGGCUCCAGGCAAAACGCCCCUGGCCCCGCACAAAGCCUCGGAGAUGCCACCUGUCCCCAGGGGGCUGAGCCUCGAGGAGUUUUCCCGCUUUGUGGACCUGGAGGGUGAGGAGCCUGCGUCUGGAGGGUGCAAAGAGGAGGUGGGCACUGAAGACCAGGAGGGGGGCGGAGAGGACAGCUUCGAGCCCCUGCCCACCAAAGCCGACGCCCUCCGGGCUCUGGGCACGUUGAGGAGGUGGUUUGAGUGCAAUGGCACUGCCCCUGAGCUAUUUGAAAAUUUCUACGCCUGUGAGGAGGAGGUGGAGCGACUCUGCUGCCUGUGAAGGACCCUUCCAGCCGGAACCCCCUCCUCUCCUGUUUCCCAUGGAAACGCCCUCUCUCAGAAGGCAGAUGGGGGGCUGGUCUCUUUCCCGUGGAAAUGGAGCUUUUGUGAAAGGUGUUGAAGGGAGACAAGUUGGGAGACUAAGUCUAAGCUCUGAGCG